AUGGCUGAGUUGCAUCUAAUAGGAACAAUCACAUCGGCAAGGAACUUUCAACGAUCUCGCUUGUUUUGCAAGUGGAGUUUUUCGACUGGCAGUGGAUGGAAAAUUAUCAACGGGAAUGACGAGGGACAAACGCAAGAAUGCUGUGACCCAUAUUCCAAUGAACCAAUUUGGGAUCAUCCUGUAGAUAUUCACUUUGCAACGCAGACCUUGCAAGGAUCUCCCAAAGUCUUGUUGCAAGUAUUUUGCAGGGACGAAUUCAACAGGAUAUUAUUCGUUUCUUAUGGAACUUGCAGUAUUCCUUUGAAGCCCGGUUUUCAUUCUGUUGAGUGUCACACUUGGAAGCCAAUAGGUAACUGGCAUGACAGAUUAAAGGACAAAUUCUUGGGUACAACAUUGCAAUUGAAAUCUCCAGACGUAUUAGUAAACGCCGACGAUAGAUUUGAACUGCUCACAGAAAGUAUGGGUACAAUUCAAAUUGAUUUGUAUGUGCUUGUGAGAAAUUUCGACAAGUUUGGCUGUCAUUUAUGA